AUGCUUCCCAUCACGACCUGCUUCGUUGCAGGACUGCAAUACCUGAUACAUCCUUUAAAGCUUGGAACCAUUCAAGAAACCAUCAACCCUGAUGCUCUGAUUCCAAUCACGCUCCUGUCAACUGAGGAAAUCUUUGGCGACCUCGAAGGAAUUCUAGAUCUGUUCGAUUCAAUCGAUGAUGUAUUUGUUCCCGACUUUGGUUCCAUUCUCGUCGAAAAGAGCGGAGACAACAGUAGCCAGGUUCAUAUCGAUACGCGACAGAUUUAUCAUAUGGACCAAAUCAAGGCUCUCGAUGGCUUUUCUGAGUUACCUUCUGGUCCCUACUUUCUUUACGGUCCGAAUCUUUACCAGGCCUGGCGUCUGUAUGAUGACGAACUCGGAGCUUUCACUUCUGGUGUAAUACCUGAUGAUCUGAACCAACCAGAUGAGUAUGUUGUGUCUCUAGUGCAAGCCGUAGCUGACCAUACAGAUUCCAACCCUUGA